AUGUUGUCAAACCCCCUUCAUCGGUUCUCGCCGUACCACACGAUCCCGUCCAAUGCCCUGCUCUCUGGCGGCCAUGUCCAAGCCGGCCACAUGCACCCCAACGGCUUGGACACGUUGGCUCAGGGCUCCCAUUACGCUCUUCAGCAGCUCCAACAGCAUGUGGGUGUGCACAACCCGCAUCUAGCGCGCCCUGGUCCUCAGGUCAAGCACCGGCAGCACCCUUAUGGACCCGCCGCCCGUGCAACAGGAGCUGCCGGGCCGAUUCGGAGAAGAAUCAGCAGAGCCUGCGAUCAAUGCAACCAACUCCGCACCAAGUGUGACGGCCAGCAUCCAUGUGCGCAUUGUAUAGAGUUUGGACUUGGUUGCGAAUAUAUCAGAGAACGGAAAAAGCGUGGAAAGGCCUCGCGAAAAGACCUUGCCCAGCAAGCGGCAGCUCAAGCGGCGGCAGCGGCAGCAGCUCAGAAUGGCAAAUCACCCGAUCAGUCUACAGAAGGUGGACAGUCCAGCGAGCAACGAAACGAGCCGAAGUCCAUGCCUUCUAUUACUGUGGAUACCCAGCUCGGCAACAGCGACAAGAUGAUGAGCGACAUUGGCGAAGAUGCCUUACAGCGGGAACAGAGGACUAGUAGUCUGGAUAGCCUGGGUGAGAUGACUUCCCACCAAUCUCACCUAACUGGACAUGCCGGAGGGCUGGACCGCGAUCACUUGGAAAGCCCGACUACUCUGGACCUCAAUGCGUACGGCAAUGUCCAUGCCUCCUAUGACCGACAGGGGAUGAGCGCGCAUCUCAUGAAUGCCCCCACCCAUGCGCAAUACGCGCCUCAAGGCAACAUGUCGAGCUAUCCGGAGCUGCCCUACACUCUCCAGACCCAGAGCCCAACCGGCUAUUCUGCCAACGCAAACUCGUUCCGAAUGGGCACGAGUCCGCUAAGCGCUUAUCCAAUGGCCGGUGAUACAGCUUCGCCGGGAUGGAUGACCAUGUCAUCUCCGCCGCCUCAGUAUCAGACGCACAUUCCCCAGAACCCUUUUGCUCAUUCUCAGCUGAGAUACCCGGUACUGGAGCCGCUGGUACCUCAUCUGGGAAACAUCAUCCCGCUCUCGCUUGCCUGUGACCUGAUCGAUCUGUACUUUGCGAGCUCGUCCGCGGCCCAGAUGCAUCCCAUGUCGCCAUACGUGUUGGGCUACGUCUUCCGCAAGAGAUCGUUCAUCCACCCCUCGAAGCCGCGGCAAUGUCAGCCAGCACUCCUGGCGAGCAUGCUUUGGGUUGCUGCGCAGACUAGCGACGCGCCAUUCCUGACUAGCAUCCCGUCCGCUCGGGGAAAGAUCUGCCAGAAGCUGUUGGAGCUGACAGUCAGCCUGCUGAAGCCGCUGAUCCAUACACCUUCGGGAGACGCGUCGCCGGUCUCGAGCCCGGUCAUUGAUGGCGUUGCCUUGGGUGGCCUUGGUGUCGCACUUCCGGGCUCGAUCAGCAUGGAAGCAUUGACAAGCGAGACGGGAGCAUUUGGUGCUGCGGGAACCCUUGAUGACGUGGUCACCUACAUCCACCUGGCGACUGUUGUCUCGGCCAGCGAGUACAAAGGCGCAAGCCUGCGCUGGUGGAAUGCAGCCUGGUCUCUGGCCAGGGAGCUCAAACUUGGCCGUGAACUGCCCCAGAAUGCGCCGUCCAUGAAUAUCCACCCGCCGGAGAACGACCUCGAUGGAACGGGCGAAACCGAUGAGAUGGGCAAUGUGGUCCAGGGUCUCGUCACCGAGGAAGAACGGGAGGAGAGGCGAAGAAUCUGGUGGCUCGUGUACAUCGUUGAUCGCCACCUCGCGCUGUGCUACAACCGGCCUCUGUUCCUCCUCGAUAUCGAGUGUGAUGGGCUUUUGCAACCGAUGGAAGACACUGCGUAUCAGAAUGGCGAGUUCCGCAACUUUGCAACUGACCCGGAUGUUCUAGCCGCCGACCAGUCUGGCUCCUCUCAACAGCGACUUCGAGGACCUUGUUUCAAGUGCACUGGUCACAGCAUCUUUGGGUACUUUCUACCUCUGAUGACAAUCUUGGGCGAGAUUGUUGACCUUCAUCACGCUCGAAACCAUCCGCGGUUCGGCGUGGGCUUCCGCUCCUCGCGAGAGUGGGACGACCAGACGACAGAGAUCACUCGCCACCUCGAGGCAUACGAGCAGAGCUUGAAGAGGUUCGAGCAGCAGAACCUCAGCAGCGCAGUCCAUGGUACGACAGAGGACAAGGGUACAGAAGUCAAUGUCGAGACUCUCGCAACAGUGCCUCACGAGGCUGGCACACCGUCGGUCCAUUCGGUCCACAGUGUGCACACAGCCGGCUCCACACGGCUGACCGAGUCGGAUAUCCAGACUCGCAUUGUCACUGCGUACGGCACUCAUGUCGUGCACGUGCUUCACAUCCUGCUUUCUGGCAAAUGGGAUCCCAUCAACCUGCUCGACGACAAUGACCUAUGGAUCAGCUCUCAGGGCUUCAUCACUGCCACGAGCCACGCCGUUUCGGCGGCCGAGGCCAUCAGCAACAUCCUCGAGUUUGACCCAGGCCUAGAGUUCAUGCCUUUCUUCUUCGGCAUCUAUCUGCUUCAGGGCUCGUUCCUGUUGCUUUUGAUCGCAGACAAGCUGCAGCUCGAGGCUAGCGCCAGCGUGGUCCGGGCCUGCGAGACUAUCAUUCGAGCACACGAGGCUUGUGUUGUCACGCUCAACACCGAGUAUCAGCGCAACUUUAGCAGGGUCAUGCGCAGUGCUCUUGCCCAGGUCCGGGGCCGUGUGCCUGAAGAUCUAGGCGAGCAGCACCAGAGGCGUCGUGAGCUGCUUGCGCUCUACCGCUGGACUGGUGAUGGGACUGGUCUGGCACUGUGA